UUGCUGGCAUAACGGUAUCUGCCGUGGAUCCAGAGUCCAAAUCCGCCUCCGGUUAUCUCUGCGCCGUUCCGUACUCGUAUCUUCCUUUCCUUUCCUGUUCAUCUCCCCAGUCCUGAUCCCACGCGCAAUGCGGCUCUAGCUGCCGCCGUGCUCUACUACUACUCUGCAGCCGCCCAAACUACCUCUGCGCAAUCCCCUCCCCCCUGCACCCACCCACCUUCCUAUAACCCCUCCGCCUCUGACGCGCGUCGAGGCCGCCUGCCGUUCCCCCGUUCUGCUCCAUCUCGCCGCCCCUGCUGUGCCUCAACCCCGUCUGCAUCUUUGGCCGCCCAUUGGUUGCUCAGGAUCCUUGAGAAGGCUAAGUAGCUGCUGGCUCUUCACCAACCGAUGCGAGCUUAAGGAAUCAGUUUGUUGAUGCUGGACAAACUCAGGCAUUUGUAUAUCAUCCAUCUUGUAUAGAACUUGCUUCAAGAAUUUGGCCGCAAAUGGGCCGAGGAAUCGUGGACAUUCCUGGCCUGAGGUCUCUCGGAGGUGUUUCAUCUGAUGGUUUCCUUUUCUCCUCUUCCAAAUUCCACUUCAACAUCCGGUUUAUGCUGAUCCAGGCUUCCAAAGUUGGAAUUUGAUCACUUGUGACAUUGUUUCUUAGUCUCCUCAUUGCCAGCAGUAUGGAGAAGGAGAACUCAUGGCUCACGAGGGCCAGGUUUUCACACACCGUCUACACAAGGGUUGGUCCCCGAGGGGUGGAUGUUGCUCCUCUUGGCAGGGAUGUGGAGCAGAAACUUCUGAAAUUUGUGAGCAUGGGAAAGUCUGUUUCAAUGCCCAUUGAUCGAGACAAUGAGGAAACAAAGGCUACAUUGAAGCACACUGCUAGUUUGCCAUCAAUUCAAUCCUUGCUUCAGGUUGAUAAGGAAAAGGUCAGCAAGCAGAAGGUGAAUCUGGAGAUUCCUUUAAGCCCUCCAGUGGACUCUAGGAAAUCCAAGGGCCCAAAGGCAAGGAGCCUGGUCAAGAGCCCAAGCUCGAUGAUGCUCCUCAGUUACUUGAACAAGGCGCACACAAAUCAAGGUUCCAGCCUAGAAAAGGCUGAUGGAUCUCAGCGAAAGGCGAGGUCGAAGUCCCCUCUUCCCUGCUUAGAACCUUCCGAAGUAUUCAGGGAAGCUAGGGCUAGUGGCCAGAGGUUCACAAGCCCUCCCCCAAAACGAGUGGGAUCUGAAAAGAGCAUAUAUGGCAAAUCGUUUGGCAGGGAAGUGUCUGAUAUGUGUCCUAGCUCUGAUUGGUGUUCGACUCCGGUGGUCUCUAAUAAGCACAAGUCUCAGAAGGAUAGCUUAUGGACAAGGAGAUACUUUGACAGUGGUGGAAAGAGGAGGGUUAGUUCACUGGACACCAUGAGGGGCUGUAGGGUUAGCAUGGCUGAGGCGGUUCAAUCAACGAUAGAUUGGACACUUGAUCGAUCCAAGCUGCUUGUUGGGCACAGGUUUGCUUCUGGAGCAUAUAGCCGAUUGUACAAAGGAGUCUAUGAUGAUAAACCAGUUGCCAUUAAAUUUAUCCGCCAGCCUGAUGAUGACGACAAUGGGAAGAUUGCUGCGAAGCUUGAAAAGCAGUAUAACACCGAGAUCAAUGCAUUAUCUCACCUGUAUCACAAGAAUGUGAUCAAGCUAGUAGCAGCCUAUAAAUGUGAACCGGUUUUUUACAUUCUUACCGAGUUUCUUCCUGGAGGUUCCUUGAGGUCAUACCUGCACAGCACACAGCACCAUCCCAUUCCUCUGGAGAAGAUCAUAUCCAUCGCUCUUGAUAUUGCCCGUGGGUUGGAGUACAUACACUCUCAGGGUGUUGUCCACCGUGAUAUUAAGCCUGAGAACAUCCUGUUUGAUGAGAACUUCAAUGUCAAGAUUGCCGAUUUUGGCAUUGCCUGUGAGGAGACGUUAUGUGAUUUGCUAGUUCAGGAUGAGGGCACAUACCGCUGGAUGGCCCCUGAGAUGCUCAAACGCAAGGCAUACAACCGGAAGGUGGAUGUAUAUAGCUUUGGACUGAUCCUUUGGGAAAUGGUAUCUGGAAGGCUUCCUUACGACAACAUGAUCCCUUUCCAGGUGGCUUUUGCCGUUGCACACUACAACAUGAAGCCAAUCCUUGCUCCAGAUUGCCCAAAGGCUCUGAGACCCUUGAUUACGCAGUGCUGUGCAUUCCAUCCCGACAAGAGGCCAGAUUUCUGGCAUAUCGUGAAAAUCCUGGAACAGUUCCAGUCGGUUCUGUCGCAAGGUGGCUGCCUGGACACUCUGAAGAGCAGCACCUGCCCUGACCACAAGAAGGGGCUGCUGCAUUGGAUUCAGAAUCUUAAACCGUCACAUAGCCCCUGAGUUUACUACCAUAGCAUCGUUGCGACCGCUGUUUUAUCCGGUUGGAGUAUGCUCACUAGUCUAGUACUAUUAUAAAAUUAUUAUAAGUUGUUCCUUUUUGUCGUUCUGAACAGUAGGAUGGUUGGAGAUGUCAUUAGAUCUGCAAUUACUAGGUUUUAGUAUUACAGUAGCUGUAUAAUUGUGCUGCCUUUUCUCGGUUUGUCCUCUCCUUGUGUCAUUUUAGCCACAUUCACAUGCUAGAAUCUAUUGACAAAAGAGGGGCAUCAUUACACCAUAUGCUUCUAUAGAGAUUGCCAAGAAAAAACCUUGUUGACUCGCAGGCAUCAGCAUAAUGGAGAAGCACAUUGUUAAUGUAAUUAUUGUGCCAUCUUUUUGUCACUCGUCAUGGGAUGCUUUGACUUGUGAGACAGCUACCCCGGUUGUUUGUUCCAGAUAUGCUUGUUUAAUGUAGCCUUUUGGUUA